CCCCUGUUUCCGUCCUUUUCCCCUCGCCCCCUCCCCUCCUCCCCUCCAUCCAUCUAUAUCGAGGAGGGCCAAGAUGGGUGCAUCCGAUCCCAUCGCCAACCCCGACUUGGAAAAGGGUCAGCCGCCGGCGACUGUGCAGCCCACCGAGCGACACCAGGACAACAUCGUGGAUUAUGAUGGCCCCGAUGACCCGGAAAACCCAUUCAAUUGGCCUCGCUGGAAGAAAGGGCGCCAGCUAGUUCUAAUGGCAUUCAACACCUUCAUCACACCCUUGGCUUCCUCCAUGUUCGCCCCCGGAGUGGAGGAUGUGAUGAUCGAUUUUCACUCCACCAGUACCAUGCUCGCCUCCUUCGUGGUGUCUGUCUAUGUCCUGGGCUAUAUGAUCGGGCCUUUUCUCAUCGCCCCGCUCUCGGAGAUUUAUGGUCGGGUGCCCCUCUAUCAUGCAUGCAACAUCCUAUUCCUUAUCUUCACCAUCGCCUGCGCCGUAGCCCAGACCAUGCCACAGCUGAUUGUCUUUCGUCUGCUGGCUGGCACCGCCGGCGUUUGCCCCCUCACCAUCGGCUCAGGCACCGUGGCCGACAUGGUCCCCAAGGAGAAGCGCGCCGGCAUCAUGGCCAUCUGGGCGAUGGGGCCCAUCCUCGGCCCCGUGGUGGGACCGGUAGCUGGUGGCUUUCUCGCCGAAGCUGAAGGCUGGCGCUGGGUGUUUUGGGUGAUUGCGAUCGCGACCGCAGUGAUGAGCAUUCUCUGCAUGAUCUGGUAUCGCGAAACAUAUGCCCCGGUCAUUCUGGAGCGGAAAGCGGCCCGGUUACGCAAGGCCACGGGCAAUCCCAACCUGCGUUCAGUCCAUGACCGUGGCCAACAGGCGCACGAGCUCCUUCUGGUCGCAUUGGCUCGCCCGAUUAAGCUCCUCGUCAAAUCGCCCAUUGUCUUCCUCAUGGUGCUCUUUGCCGCCAUCACCUAUGGCUACUUGUACCUGAUGUUCACCACCAUCACCUCCAUCUUCGAGGACGUCUAUCAUUUCUCCCCGGGCGUCGCGGGCCUGGCCUACCUGGGAUUCGGUGUGGGCUGUCUCAUCGGCCUCGUCAUCUGUGGUGCCGUUUCCAAUCAUAUCGCGCGCACCCAUUCGGCCAGGGGUUGUUUUACCCCGGAAUCUCGCCUGCCGCCCAUGGUCUUCGGCUGUUGGGCCAUCCCCAUUGGCUUGUUCUGGUACGGCUGGGCGGCCAAGGCGCAAACGCACUGGAUCGUUCCCAUCUUGGGCACGGGCGUCUUUGCCAUUGGCCUGAUGACCGUCUUCAUGUCGGCCAGUACCUACCUGGUCGACUCCUACCUCCGCUACGCGGCCUCGGUGACGGCAGCCAACACGGGUCUACGAUCGCUGGUCGGGGCCCUGUUGCCCUUGGCCGGACCUUCUAUGUACGAUGCCCUGGGCUUGGGAUGGGGCAAUUCCCUUCUCGCCUUCAUUGCGCUCGUGAUGUGCGCGUGUCCCCUGCUCUUCUGGCGGUACGGGGCACGCAUCCGGACGCACCCUCGAUUUCAGGUGAAGUUGUAAAAGAUACCCUAGACGCAUGUAGACGAAAGCAUUGAUAGAAUAAUAUACAUAGAAAGUCCUUUUUUGCCAGUAUUACUCUGAAGUUACCAUUCCAGCUUUCUUGUACGUAUGAGAUGGAUGAGGUUACAUAUAUCUACAGUGAGUGGAAGUGCUCUGAGUGACGCUGACAAGCUGCAUCCCAGGCAUAGAGUGCUAACUGUCGGAGCGGCAGCUGGUUCGUAUAGUCUUGUUAGAAAGACUUUCCAUCAACUUUCUUGUAAUUUAGUUUGUCCAGAUCACAGUUCUCCAGCAGACGCACCUGCAUCGAUUAACAUCAUUUUUGGGCCUUUCUUUAGACCGGUGCACUCACAUUGACUGCUAUAAUAGGAGGCGCGUCUUCUGCCACCAAACGGAUGAAACAACUGCUUCCGCAGGUCCCACAAAACUCAUGUUUCGCCUGACGCCGGCCAAACUGGUGCGUCCGGGUUGUUUCAUCGCCGCUCUCCAGGGUGAAAUCUUUCAGAGAGGGGUACACGAGCAGGUACCCAUUCUUGCUGCAGAUGGAGCAGUUGCAGUUGACGACUGGGUAUUCGGACAGUGGCGGUGACAGCGAAAAGCGGAAGCGCACAGCACCGCAGUGGCAACUGCCUUGGUGCAUGCUCUGCUCUGAUGUUGGGGUGGGGAAGAAGGACAUGAUGAUCAGUCGGUGGGUUUGGGCGUUUAGUGACUGUCAGAGGGAAGUUGUGCUCUCU